GCCGUGGUUUCUCCGCUUCCCACCGUCGUCAUCCAUCUCUCCCACAGUGAUCUUUGUGGCAUUAAUUCUUCCGCCUCUCUAGCCGGUUGAAAUGGAGAAUUUGGAAGAUCUGAAAAUGAUGGCGGAGCAGUGGUCGAAUCAAGGCAUUGAGUAUCUUCAGAAGAUACCUCAAGAUCAGCUCUAUGCCGCCGUUGGUGUUCUCUUGUUUACAACCAUUUUGCUCCUCUUAUCAAUUCGCUUGGUCAGGCGUACCAAAUCCAACACUGUGCUCCUUUCUGGGCUCGGUGGAAGUGGAAAGACUGUGCUUUUCUAUCAACUCCGAGAUGGAUCAUCGCAUCAGGGCACUGUUACAUCAAUGGAACCGAAUGAAGGCACUUUCGUUCUUCACUCUGAAAACACUAAGAAAGGAAAAGUCAAGCCUGUUCAUCUUGUUGAUGUUCCUGGGCACUCUCGGCUUCGACCCAAGCUAGAAGAGUUCUUGCCACAGGCCGCUGCUAUUGUCUUUGUUGUAGACGCCUUGGAGUUCCUCCCAAACUGUCGUGCAGCUUCAGAGUACCUAUACGACAUUCUGACCAAUGCCAACGUUGUCAAGAAGAAGAUACCAGUCCUCCUUUGCUGUAAUAAGACAGAUAAACUCACCGCACACACCAAGGAGUUCAUCAGGAAGCAGAUGGAGAAAGAAAUUGAGAAACUGAGGGCUUCGAGGAGUGCAGUAUCUACAGCUGAUAUAGCCAACGACUACACCAUUGGGAUCGAAGGAGAAGUGUUCUCUUUCUCGCAUUGCUGUAAUAAAGUCACUGUCGCUGAAGCAUCUGGACUCAAUGGAGAAACUGUUCAGAUCCAAGACUUCAUUCGAGAACAUUAAGCCCUGAGUGAGAGCCAGCUUCUACAUCCGUAGAUUUAAUCCUUUAUCAUAGGAUUCUUAUGCACUUUGUCUGUGACUGUGAUUGGAGUUUAGAGAUCUUUUUUUUUGUAUAUGAGUUGUUGUCAGAGAUCUUUCGAAAAGUCAAAGGACUUUUAGGACAAAAGAAGAUAAUAAAUGACAUCCAUAAAUUGAUGUUA